AUGUCUCAACAACACUCCUCCUCCUCGUCAUCAUCAUCCUAUGUCUUUCCCACUCACAAACUUCGACCCCUUCCGAGUAGUACCACUACUGAUAGUAGUUGCACUCAAAACACAUCGAUCAUUCUCAUUGCGUGUGGAAGUUUCAAUCCGAUCACCAAUUCUCACCUCCGAAUGUUUGAAACAGCUCGAGACUAUCUCCAAAAUGAAGAGAAGCUUUCUGUGUUGGGUGGUUUCAUCUCUCCAGUUCAUCAAGACUAUGCCAAAAGAAAACCAACUCUCAUAGAGGCACAUCAUCGAGUGGAAAUGUGUAAAUUGGCUGUCUCUGAUUCGGACUGGGUGGAUUUAGAUAUGUGGGAAGUGAAUCAAACCGAAUACAGUCGUACAUUAUUUGUGUUAAAACAUUUCACAGAAGAAAUUGAAAAGUUUUAUUCUCUUUCUUCUGGCAAUAGUGAUGAUCAAAAAGUGAGAAUUAUGUUAUUGUGUGGAGCUGAUUUAUUGGAAUCUUUUGUGAAACCGGGAGUGUGGAUUCCAGAACAAGUCGAGUACAUUCUUUCCACGUAUGGAGUGUGUUGCAUUGAGAGAGAUGGAAUUUCAAUUUCGAAAAUUAUAUUCGAACAUGAUGUCUUGUACAAGUAUAGGAAAAACAUUCACGUCAUUCCAGAAUGGAUCAUCAAUGAUGUGAGCUCAACAAAAGUUCGUCAACUUGUAAGAAGAAAUCACUCCAUCAAGUAUUAUGUGGCUGACAAGGUGGCAGAGUACAUCAAGAACCAUCAAUUGUAUUUGGCUGAACAAACCAAUACCAGCACAAAUGCAGUAUUCGAAAAUAAACAAUUAUAA